AUGACCCCCCAUCGCCGUCCAGACAGCGACGACGAUGAGAGUUACUCUGAUCUAAGUGAAGCCUAUUUCAGCGACGCUAGCGAGAGCGAAACCGACACUUCCUCUGCCUCUGACUAUGGCGCUGACGCCGCAUUAUACAAAGAUCGCGGCGAAGAAGGUGAAAUAGACAAAGAGGAUGAAGACGACGAAGACGAGGACGACGCCGGACGCUGGCUCUAG